UUCCAGAUAAAUUGGUUCUUUUGUACAGUCAAAAUAAAAGCUUUUACCUUUUUACUAGUAGUUUGGUGGGUAAAAAGUAAUUUAUUGCUUACAGACCCAGAAAAGAAUAAAGAGGGCAGACAAUAUAACAAACAGUUAUUACUGCGCGCUUUUCUUUCAAACAAAACGGUCACUUUUCUUCUUCUUCUUCUUCAUCUUCUUAGAGCCACAGGCUCACAGAGCAAAGCCCAAUUGUGCAAUGCAGACCCUUCACUUCAAAACCCAAUCCUUCAUCCCAAAACCCUCUUCUUUCUUCAUAAACCCCAUUGCCAAAACCCACAAUUCGCUUCAAAACACAGUCUUUGCACCAAGAUCUCAUCUUUUUAACUUCUCACUCUCACUCUCUCACCGAACCCAGACCCAGAAACCGAUUGUAAAUUCAAGGAAGAAGAGAACGGCAAAUGGGUCUUUGAAAUUGCAGAGAUUCUUGCUCCGAUUGGUGCCCAUUAUCGCGUCGAACCUCAAGCUGUUGCCUCAGCCGUUGGAUCUGGUUCUUGAAGAAAUCGGCGGCGGAGAUGGCGGCGGAGGAGGUCUGGGUUUUUGGAAGGGUUUUGGGGGCGGAGGGUUUGAUGGGUUCAGAAGCAAAAGGAAGAGGAAAUUGCUGUUGCUGUUUCUGUUUUAUGGGAUUUUGGUGACUUGUGGUUUUGGGUUGUUGUUUGGGAGAGAUUUGGAGAGCAAUGUGCUUUGGUGUGGAUUGGUUUUUGGAGCAAUUGGGGUUGGUUUGGUUCAUUGGUGGGAGAAGAGAGGUCUUUUUGGGUUUUUUGUUUGUGGUGUUUUGGUGGGUUCAGGGUUUAAGAGAAAGGAAUUGGUGAAUUGGGGAUUGAAGAUUAGGCCUAUAAUGGAGCAUGUGACAUUGAGAACAAGAAGAAGAAGAAGAAAUGGAAGAAGAGCAUUUUGAAAAAAGAAAAAA